AUGGCAACUGUUGUAUUUCACCAUCCAUUUGACUCGGAAAGCGAUGCAAUUGCUUUAAAAGAAGCAUUGAAAUUGAUAGGCAAAAAUGGUGAUGAUACUCUUAUACAUAUUUUGGGAAAUCGUACAAAUGAGCAGCGAAAACGCAUUAUGGAAACUUAUAAGUCAAUGUUUGAUGAGGAUCUAAAAGAUACACUUCUUGGUAAGUUGACAGGAAAUUUUCAAAGAACAAUGGAAUUGCUACUUAUUCCUCUUGCUGAGUAUUAUGCUAAACUUUUACGUAGAGCUAUCUAUGGCCCUGGAAAAGAUGAGGAUUUGUUGUUGGAAAUACUGUGUACUAUCACCAAUAUUCAAAUGAGUCAAAUAAAAGAAAUAUACCAAAGAAAAUUUGGAAAAACACUUGAGGACUCAAUUAAAAAUGACUGUCAGACACAGUUUAAACAAAUGCUUCUUCUUAUAUGCAAAGGUGAACGAAAUGAAGGUGUUGUUUCAUUAGACAAAGUUAGGAAUGAUGCUGAGGCUUUAUUUGAAGCUGGUGAAGCUAAUUGGGCAACAGAGGAUGCUGCAUACAACACACUCUUUGCAACCGAAAGUUACGAACACCUACGAUUUGUGUUUCAAGAGUAUGAAGAUAUUACUGGACGUACAUUAUCUGAGGCUAUUGAGUCUGAAACAUCUGGGCAUUUAAAAAGAGCACUUCUUACUAUAGUUCGUUGCGUAGAAAAUACUCCUGCUUAUUUUGCCCGAAAACUUCAUCGUGUAUUGAAGGGUUCAACUAAAGAUCCCAAAACACUUAUGCGGAUUGUUGUUAGCAGAUGUGAAAUUGAUAUGGUCUUCAUUAAAGCAGAGUAUCAGAAAAAAUUUAAAGAUAAUUUAGCAGAUAUUAUUAAAGGAAAUGAUCCUGAUAAUUUUGAAAAACUUCUUGUAACCUUGGUUACUUUGGAGAAAGAGACGUAA